CCGCGUGCGCAGUGCAGCGCACCCCCCCCCAACACUACCCCCCCCCACGGGUGCGGCGCGGAGGAUGCGGGGCCGAAGCUAAGGCGGCACAUCUGCGUGGAGGAGGAUGGAGGCACCUCUUGUAAGCCUGGAGGAGGAGUUUGAGGAGGGGCCCGGGGUUGAUGGGGGGACCCCACAACGCACUGCAGACCCGGCUCUGGCCGAGCUGGAGAGCUUCUCGGCUGAGAUGAUGAGCUUCAAGUCCAUGGAGGACCUGGUGCAGGAAUUCGACGAGAAGCUGACCGUCUGCUUCCGCAACUACGAUGCUGCCACCGAGGGGCUGGCCCCUGUGCGGAGCCAUCUCCAGGCACAGGAGGAGGAGGAGCGCCUCCAGGAUGAGGAGGUCUGGGAUGCUCUCACCGAUGGUUUCGCCCCCCGGAGCUCCCCCCGGCCCUGGCUGCUCUCCGGGGCUGAGGCCUCCGAUGGCACCGACCACCAGCUCUGCGAGAAGGAGGAGGAGGAGGAGGAGCUCACUGAGAGGAGUGAGCAGGACUCGGGCAUCAACGAGGAGCCGCUGCUGACAGCUGAGCAGGUCAUCGAGGAGCUGGAGGAGCUGAUGCAGAGUUCACCUGACCCCGAGGCUGAUCCUGAGGGGGAGGAGGAAGAGGAGGACGAGGAAGAGGAAGAGGAAACUGAGGCUGAUGCUAAAGGCAAAGGCAGUGGUGGGAGCACGGAGCCUAUCGUUCUGCGGGAGCUGCAUGCUUUCUCCCCUGCCUUCAACAACAACUGCUCUCACGAAGUGCUGGGCCGGCUGUCGGCGCGGGAGCUGGUGGCGGCGGCGGGGCGGGCAGAGGCAGCGAGCCGGGCGCUGUCCGCAGAGCUGGUGGCCCAGUUGGCUCGUCGGGAUGAGCUGGCCUUCGAGAAGGAGGUGAAGACGGCGUUCAUCGGGGCGCUGCUGGCCGUGCAGGGGGAGCAGCGGGAGCAGCGCGAGGCCGCCCGGCGCCGUCGGCGCGACAGGGGCCUGAGCCUGCAGGGAGGGCGUCCCGAGCGUGGGAACAACAUGCCCCGGAAGCGCUUCAGCAUGGAGGGCAUCUCCAGCAUCCUGCACUCCGGCCUGCGCCAGACCUUUGGCCCCACCGCCAAUGAGAAACAGUACCUGAACACAGUGAUUCCCUAUGAGAAGAAGGGGUCUCCACCCUCUGUCGAGGACCUGCAGAUGCUCACUAACAUCCUGUUUGCCAUGAAGGAAGGGAAUGAGAAGGUGCCCACACUGCUCACGGAUUACAUCCUCAAAGUGCUGUGCCCAACCUGAUGCCGCGCUGCCCUUGAGCCCCCCCCAACCCCGACACCCCCUGAAAAUGGGGCUAAACCCGAGGAAAAUGGGUCACCCGCGGCCCCCAUCCCCACCCCUCCCCCCCGCACUGCCCCCACCUUUGCACAACUGGGAAAUAAAUAAUUCGUUUCAUUAAUUAA